UAUAAAUAAACGAACAAUUCCCUCAUAUCACAUUCAUUCACUUCUCUUAUGUUAUAAAGUUUAUCACAUUCAUUCACUUAUGUGUUUGAUUCCUAUUGUGUGUAAACUUCUUUCGAGUCAAUGACAAAUAUUGUUGAGUGUAACCAGUCUCUACCUUAUUAGUGAAUUAUGUGUUCGAUUCUUAUUGUGUAAAAAUCUUUCAAAUCAGUGACAAAAAGUGUUGAGUGUAAUUAGUCUCUAUCUAAGUGGAUUGAUAUUGUGUCACGAACAAGAAAUAUACUUGAGAGUUUCAAAUUAAACCAAACACAAAAGUUUCCAUGGCAUACCAAAACCCUCCUUCAAUUCCAAUCACAGAUCCUGAAGCACCGGAAAUAACUCCUACUACUCUUGCUCCUACCACUCCACCAGCCUCAAGUUUCUCAACCAAAGUGGUGGUGAACAAGGUGAAAAGCAACUUGAUUUUUCACUCAAAAUGGGCUGAACUCAAUGGUGCCAUGGGUGACCUAGGCACUUACAUACCAAUAGUAUUGGCCUUGACCCUAGCUAGGGACCUCAACCUUGGCACCACGUUGAUCUUCACAGGUGUGUACAACAUCAUUACUGGUGCCAUUUAUGGGGUCCCUAUGCCGGUCCAGCCCAUGAAGUCCAUUGCCGCCCAGGCCUUAUCCGACACCGCCUUCGGCGUGCCGGAGAUCAUGACUGCCGGCAUAUUAACCGGUGGCGUGUUGUUUGUUUUGGGUGUCACAGGGUUGAUGCAGCUUGUGUAUAAGCUGAUUCCCCUCAGUGUUGUGAGGGGAAUUCAACUGGCACAAGGCUUGUCAUUUGCCUUGACAGCAGUUAAGUACGUGAGGAAAGUUCAAGACUUGCCAAAGUCUAAGUCUUUGGGUCAGAGGCAUUGGUUUGGCUUGGAUGGGUUGGUUUUGGCCAUUGUUUGUUUGUGUUUCAUUGUGAUUGUGAAUGGGGCUGGAGAGAAUAAGAAUAGAGGGUGUUGUGAUGCUGUGGGAAGUGGUAAUGAUGAUGAUUUGGGUGGCCAAAAGAGGGUUGAGUGUGAUGAAAGAAACAAGAGAAGCAGGUUGAGGAAGGUUAUUUUCUCACUACCUUCUGCUUUCAUUGUGUUUGUGUUGGGUGUUGUUUUGGCCUUUAUAAGAAGACAUGAGGUGGUGCAUGAAAUUAAGUUUGGUCCUUCCUCUAUAGAAGUGGUGAAGUUCUCUAGACAUGCAUGGAAGAAAGGGUUUGUGAAGGGUGCAAUUCCCCAACUUCCCUUAUCAAUUUUGAACUCUGUGGUAGCUGUUUGCAAGUUGUCAUCAGAUUUAUUCCCAGGGAAGGAUUUCUCAGUCACUUCACUUUCAGUGACAGUGGGGUUGAUGAACUUGGUUGGUAGUUGGUUUGGUGCAAUGCCAAGUUGCCAUGGUGCUGGUGGACUUGCAGGGCAGUAUAAAUUUGGUGGAAGGAGUGGGGGGUGUGUGGCACUUCUUGGUGCUGCAAAAUUGUUGUUGGGAUUGGUGUUGGGAAGUUCUUUGGCACACAUUUUAAAGCAGUUUCCUGUGGGAAUUUUAGGGGUGUUGCUCCUAUUUGCUGGAAUUGAACUAGCCAUGUGCUCUAGGGACAUGAAUACAAAAGAAGAUUCCUUUGUGAUGCUUAUUUGCACUGCUGUUUCACUUGUGGGGUCAAGUGCAGCUCUUGGCUUUUUAUGUGGAAUGGUUGUUUAUGUGCUUCUUAGGCUGAGGAAUUGGACCAGGGAUAAACCACUUUCUACUAUUUGGAUGCAGAAAAGUCCUCAGCAAGUAUGAAGAAAAGGAGUACUAUAAACUGUUUGGAUACAAGUUAAAAGUGUUUAUGAGAGUUUCUCUACUAAAAUAAACUCUCAAAAGUACCUUUAAAUUUGGAUUCAAUCAUGUUUUAUGUGCGUGAUGAUAUUGUUGCAUAUUUGAUGCUUCUAAUUUGUGUGUAUGGUUUUAAAGUGAUUGUUGUCUGAGAGAUUAGUUUGUUUUACUUUGUUGGUAUUUGAAGCCGAAAGGGGCAUGUAGGAGUUUUAAGACAUUAUGGUAUUUGUAAUUGUUAGGAGUGUGGAGCAUCGUAGGUAGGAACUUAUGUUGCUGCUGGCUAUUGCUGUUUAUAGUCUGCGUAUAUAUUCGUGUGUGAGAAAUUGUAUAUAUAAAAUAAAUAAUUUGAUUGGAAUAUAUUGAUAGUGUAAAUUUUGUUUACACUGUCAUCCAAUUAAAAGUUGUUA